UCCGGGGCAGUUGCCUCCCGCAGAGACCCGCCCCAAACGCGCAGCUGUGUUUCUGGUGAGCCAUCUUUGCUCCGCUGCGGGGAAUCGGCAUUUACGCCGCCGAUAGAGCGAAGGCGAUCCUGACCAGGAGAGCCCACGCCGCGAGAGGAGAUGCGCGCGUUUAUUCCAGAGCCCAAGCCUGGAGACCUGAUUGAGAUUUUCCGCCCUUUCUACAGACACUGGGCCAUCUACGUUGGCGAUGGAUAUGUGGUCCACCUGGCCCCCCCAAGUGAAGUCUCGGGAGCUGGCGCGGACAGCAUCAGGUCUGCCCUAACCGACAAGGCUUUCGUGAGGAAGGAUCUGCUGUAUGACGUGGCCGGGAGUGACAAGUACCAGGUCAACAACAAACAUGAUGACAAGUACUCGCCGCUGCCUCCCAGCAAAAUCAUCCAGCGGGCAGAGGAGCUGGUGGGGCAGGAGGUGCUCUAUAAGCUGACCAGCGAGAACUGUGAGCACUUUGUGAACGAGUUGCGCUACGGAGUUCCCCGCAGUGACCAGGUCAGAGAUGUCAUCAUGGCGGCAGGCAUCGCAGGAGUGGGCUUGGCAGCCAUGGGCCUCAUUGGAGUCAUGUUCUCCAGAAACAAGAAACAAAAGCAAUAAGCUGAAAAGACUGUUCUCUCAGGAAUGACUAAACAUUGAGCGGGGGUCUUGUUUUGCUAGAGUUUGGGGUUUGGUUUUUGAAGUUCAUUCUGUUUUAUAAUGAGGUUUAUUUUCACGGAAUGAAAUAAAGCACAAUAAGAGGAUUUUCUUGGGGAAAUGCAA